GCAGGUUGCACACGGAAUUGGCGGCCAACGCCGCCGAGAUGACCGAAGACCAAGCAUACAACAUCUCAUCGAAGCCAUGGUGUAAACUUCAGGAGUUCUAUCCAAAGAUCAUUUCACCGACAGUGCCGCUAACUCCUGAGCUAAUGGAGCUCCACACGUUCCUGCUCAAUCAGAAGCCAAAUACCGAAGUGGAUGCAGCGUACAUUUCCAUGAACAAGAAAGAGAUGGAAGCCAAGAUGCGCGAGUUGGAGAACUGGAAUUUUCGACUGUACUUGGACGAAGGAAAGGAAAUCCGCCGCGGUCAGCAGCUCAAGGUCCUCACCGGCGAGUUUCCCGUGCCAAUAUCGGGAGGUGUCAAUGGAAGCAGCUCUGUCGCGGCAUCCAAGGAAGCCGCCACCCAUGAAAUUUCGACUCGCACGAGCGCCAAGCGUCCACGAAGGAUGUAAUCUAUCUAUGCUUCAUGUACUGCGCUCCGACGAAAUCACUUAGCA